AAGCCUGUGACUUUUUGAAACCUUUCCACGUUGUGGAGCCGCCAUGGCACUCCUUGCAGGGGACGAGACCCUGCUGCAAGUGCUGAGCCAUCUGCCCGUGCGCGACGGUGCCGUCGCGUCGGCAGUCUCGGUUGCCUUCCGACAUGCGGUGCUGCGCACGCCGCAGCUGGCUGCGGUGAGAUUGGUGACGCCCAAAGAAAUGAUGAACAAAGAUGGGGAAGAAUGGAGCAGGGAUAUGGAGUUUCUUGACCUGAAGGAGUUUUUCACUGAAUUGGGGCGCAAGGGCGCAGCAGAAUACGAUGGUGUGCACGUGUUGAAUGCCAGGAUUUCCCUGGCAGGUCAUCGAAGCCAUGCCGACAUGGUGCUGCUGGAGCGGCGCAAGGGUUUGCGCUACAACUUCCAUGAAGCCUGCGACGCGGAAUCCCAAGACCUGGAGGUGGUGGGCACCAGCUUCUGCGAUGCCCGGGGCCGGGUCCGCUUGGCUUCGGUCAAGGCCUGUGGCUCCGAGGUGAUGACCGGAGGGUUUCUCUACAUCGACCGCCUGGCGGAGGGGAACUCGAAGCUCUUCCGGCAGCCCGAGGUGGGACCGGUGGUGGUGAGGAAACUGCUGCAGGAGACGACUUUGAAGGGAAGAUGGAGCCUGGCAGUGGUGAUUCCCAGUGAAGAGGAGCUGCUGUGGUUCCUCCAGGCUGGCUUCGUUCAAGCCCGGGAGCUGGCGGUGGAGGGUCCGCGCAUCGUUUGCCUCUUCGCGGUACCCAGCUUUUUGGAGCACCAGAUGAAGUCGACCAACGAGGCGAAGAUGGUGGAGAUUUUGGAGCCCAAGGACCUGCAACCUUUGUCACAGAUCAACCAGGAUUUGUUGGAGCUCGUGAAAAACGAAGGGGCUGAGGCUCAAAUCUCUGCUUUGCUCAAGAAAGGCGCCUCCAUCGAAGAUUCCUAUGCCAUCCAUUGCUGCGCCUACAACCGCAGCCUGCAGCAGCUAGAGAUGCUGCUGCGUUUGGUCCCUUCGACGGAAAAAGCUGUCAACCGACCUGAUGGCUGCAGCCUGUUGCCGCUCAUGUUGGCUGCGAAGGGUGCUUGUGGCAGUCUGUCAAGAGAUACGCUCAAAACCUCACCUUCCUUUCUUCCACCUGCUGAGACAUGGUAUCUUGCUCUUGCUAGACAAGAGCCCCCGCGAAGCCAGUUCGCGAAGGCAAAAGUGUUCCGCGAAGCCGCACGAAGCCAACCUUUGCACAAAUCCAUGCAUUGCCUAGCCAUUAGCGAAGCCCCGCCAUCAGUGCAUAGGCCUUUAGCCUUUAGCAACAAAAAAGCACGGCUCAUUUAAUGUACUUUCUUCAUUUUUUCCAGUUUUCACCCCUGGAAUUGGGAUGGACCUCUAUUUAAGCAUUUAUUUUGAGACCCCUGGACCUGGACAUUGUGACAUCCAGUUGGUCAAUCCUUCUUUGAUGGGCGGCUCAACCAGGUUAUCUGUGCCCACGGAGGUCUGUGCAAGACUCAUUGAGGCGAGGGCUGAUGUCUCCGCAGUGGAUGCUGCCGGACUUACAGCGCUGGGACACCUUCGAAAGGCGCUGAGGGAGGUGAGGGAUUUCAAUGGAUGCUUCGGCCUCAUUGCUAUGGAACACGAUGGUGACGAGUUGGAGAAGUUGUUGAUGCCUCCAUCUGGCCCUACGGCUGCAGAUGAGCAAAUGAUAGAUGCUUCCUCGGAUGAGGGGAGCCUGUUGGAUUGGGAAGAAGAUGAGGAGGAAGAUUUUGAAGAUGAUUAGGAUUUUGGGAUGCCCGGAGUGCCAUUCUUUUGGACAAACCCAAGUUCGGAUGAUUAGGCUUCUUGAUCCUUGGAAGGGUGGGAGAUGUACAUAGAGAGUUUAGACUCACUGCCUGAGGUGGUGAGAACGUGGACAUAUUUCAAGAUCAUUGGGAAGACAGACAUCACUUGUGAAAAUUG